AUGAGUACAUCUAGCAACAAGGAUGGGUCCGAAAAGGUUUCAACAGAAACAUCUGCUACUCCAGCAGCAGCAGCAGCACCUCCUCCUGCGUCGCUUGUUCCAGUUCAACCUGUGCCGUUAAGUUCUAAAGACAAAGACACCAAAAGAUUAAUUGUGGUCUUGUCUCAAGCAUGUUUGGAAACACAUAAGAUGAACACUGGUGGUUCUGGAGGUAAUGACAAGUAUGCUUUAUUGAAUUGUGAUGAUCAUCAAGGGUUAUUGCGGAGAAUGGGUAGAGAUAUUGCUGAAGCUAGACCUGAUAUCACACAUCAAUGUCUUUUAACAUUAUUGGAUUCUCCAAUCAAUAAAGCUGGUAAGUUGCAAGUUUAUAUACAAACUGCUAAGGGGGUUUUGGUAGAAGUCAACCCUAGUGUUAGAAUUCCAAGAACAUUCAAACGUUUCAGUGGGUUAAUGGUUCAAUUGCUACACAAGUUAAGUAUUCGUUCCGUUAAUUCUGAAGAAAAGUUGUUAAAGGUGAUUAAAAAUCCCGUUACAGAUCAUUUACCUACAAAGUGCAGAAAGGUGACUUUGUCAUUUGAUGCUGAAAUCAAAAGAGUACAAGAUUAUGUUGCUACAUUAGAUGAAGAUGAAAGUAUUUGUGUUUUUGUAGGUGCUAUGGCUAGAGGUAAGGAUAAUUUUGCUGAUGAAUACGUUGAUGAAAAGAUUGGUUUAUCCAAUUAUCCAUUAUCUGCUUCUGUAGCAUGUUCGAAGUUUUGUCAUGGAUGUGAAGACGUUUGGGGUAUCUAUUAA